AGCAUACUUAUGUGAUUGCUUAUACAGAGGUGAGAGGUCGCAAACAUUACAUGCACUCGCGUCUCCGCCUUAACCUUAUUAUUUCAGAACUAAGAUGUCAAUUCGGUGUUUCACUAGAAAAUGGAAAACCUGUCGUCUAGCUUCACUUUUCCUCGGAGAGUUAACGUCAAACUUCACGAAAAGUUUAAACCCUGUCAUAGACGUUUCAACUACACUGUCAUUGAGACAAAUUGUUACAGUGUUUGAAUACAAAAACGUGUGCGGCAGUUUCAGGGAAUAUCACGACGGAAGACCAAGGGGUCCUCUUUGGAGGGGAAAGAAGCUCAUUGGUAAAGAAGCUCUCUUUGUCAUUUCCGGGUUGAAGAGGUUUAAAGAUGAUGAGGAGAAGCUUCCCAAGUUUAUCAAAACUCAUGUUUUGCGGCUCUUGAAGAUGGACUUGAUUGCUGUUCUUACUGAACUUGAGCGCCAAGAGGAAGUUUCUCUCGCUCUCACGGUGUUUAAGGUGAUGCAAAGGCAGGAUUGGUACAAGCCGGAUAUAUUCCUGUACAAGGACUUAAUUAUUGCGUUGGCAAGGGCUAAAAGAAUGGAUGACGUGUUGCAAUUGUGGGAAAGCAUGAAGAAGGAGGACCUCUUCGCUGAUUCGCAAACUUAUACUGAAGUCAUAAGGGGCUUCUUGAGCAGUGGAUCUCCUGCAGAUGCGAUGAACAUAUAUGAGGACAUGAAGAGUUCUCCGGAUCCACCAGAGGAACUGCCGUUCAGAAUUUUGUUGAAAGGGCUCCUGCCUCAUCCUCUUUUGAGAAACAAAGUGAAACAAGAUUUCGAGGAGAUCUUUCCUGAUUCAAGUAUCUAUGAUCCUCCACAAGAGAUAUUUGGUGCUCGCUGAGGUUUUAAUCUUUACUCUUUUCUCCUCUAGCUGUUGCUUGGUGACGAAUAGGAAGAAUUGACUGGAAUGAUUUUAACUAAAUGUAUGUAUCAGUUUAGACUGGAUUUUCAAAUUUCCGCCUCUCUUCAGAUAGCACAAAAGUCUCUUUUGGUGAACAGAAAUAGCCCAUUACCCAUUUUAAUGCCAACAGAUUUUAUUUCUA